AUGUCUUUCUUUCUUUUAUCAACCUUUUUUCUUCUUUCCUUCUUUUUUCUUUCUUUAUGUUUUUUCUUCUUUUUUUUCUUUCUUUAUUUUUUUCUUCUUUUUUCUUCUUCAUCUUUUUUCUUCUUUUUUUCUUUCUUUAUGUCUUUCUUUUUAGUUUUUUCUUCUUUUUUCUUCUUCAUCUUUUUUCUUCUUUUUUUCUUUCUUUAUGCCUUUCUUUUUAGUUUUUUCCUUCUUUUUUUCUUUCUUUAUGUUUUUUCUUCUUUUGUCUUUCUUUAUGUCUUUCUUUUUUUUUUUUUUCUUUUUUUUCUUUUUCUUUCUUUCAUUUUUUUAGUAAUUUUUUCUUUUUUCUUUUUUUUCUUCUUUUUCUUUCUUUCUUUCUUUCUUUUAAUUUUUUUCUUUUAUCUUCUUCUUUCUUUUUUUCUUCUUUUUUUUCUUUCUUUUUUUUUUUUAUUUUUAUUUUUUUUUUUUUUUAUUUUUUUCUUUUUUUUUCUUUAUUUUUCUUUCUUUUUUUUUUCUUUUUUUCUUUUCUUUCUUUUUUUUUUUUCUUUAUUUUUCUUUUUUUCUUUUUUUUUUUUCUUUCUUUCUUUUUUUUCUUUCUUUUUUUUAUUUUUUUUCUUUUCUUUUUUUCUUUUCUUUUUUUCUUUCUUUCUUUUAUGCCUUUCUUUUUUUUUUUCCUUCUUUUUUUCUUUCUUUAUGUUUUUUCUUCUUUUUUCUUUCUUUAUGUCUUUCUUUUUAGUUUUUCUUCAUUUUUCUUCUUCAUCUUUUUUUCUUUUUUUCUUUCUUUCUUUUUUCUUUUUUUUUUUCCUUUCUUUUUCUUUCUUUCUUUCUUUUUUUUUUUCUUCUUUUUUCUUUCUUUAUUUCUUUCUUUUUUCUUUUUUUUUUUUUUCUUUUUCUUCUUUAUCUUUUUCUUUCUUUUUUCUUUCUUUUUUUUUUUUCUUCUUUUUUCUUCUUCAUCUUUUUUCUUCUUUUUUCUUUCUUUAUGCCUUUCUUUUUAGUUUUUUCCUACUUUUUUUCUUUCUUUAUGUUUUUUCUUUUUUUUCUUUCUUUAUGUCUUUCUUUUUAGUUUUUUCUUCUUUUUUCUUCUUCAUCUUUUUUUCUUUUUUUCUUUAUUUUCUUUUUCUUUUUUCUUUCUUUUCUUUUUUUUUUUUUUUGUCUUUCUUUCUUUUUUCUUUUUUCUUUUUUCUUCAUUUUUCUUUUUUUUCUUCUUUUUUCUUUCUUUAUGUCUUUCUUUUUAGUUUUUUCCUUCUUUUUUUCUUUCUUUAUGUCUUUCUUUUUAGUUUUUUCUUCUUUAUGUUUUUCUUUUUUUUCUUUCUUUAUGUCUUUCUUUUUAGUUUUUUCUUCAUUUUCUUCUUUAUCUUUCUUCUUUUUUCCUUCUUUAUGUCUUUCUUUUUAGUUUUUUCCUUCUUUUUUCUUUCUUUUCUUUUUCUUUCUUUCUUUUUUUUUUUUAUUUUUUUCCUUUUUUUUUUUUUCUUUAUGUUUCUUUUUUUUUUCUUUCUUUAUGUUUUCUUUUUUUUUUUCUUUAUUUUUUUUUUCUUUUUUUCUUUCUUUUCUUUCUUUCUUUUUUCUUUUUUUAGUUUUUUCUUUUUUUCUUCAUCUUUUUUCUUCUUUUUUUCUUUCUUUAUGUCUUUCUUUUUAUUUUUUCCUUCUUUUUUCUUUCUUUCUUUUUUUUUUCUUUUCUUCAUUUCUUUCUUUUCUUUUUCUUCUUUUUUCUUUUUUCUUUUUAUUUUUUCUUUUUUUUCUUUUUUCUUUCUUUUUUUCUUUCUUUUUAUUUUUUCUUCUUUUUUCUUUCUUUAUUUUUUCUUUUUUUCUUUCUUUCUUUCUUUCUUUUUUCAGUUUUCCUUCUUUUUUUUUUUUCUUUUUUUUUUUUUCUUUAUGUCUUUCUUUUUUUUUUUUUCUUUUUUCUUUCUUUAUGUUUUUUCUUCUUUUCUUUCUUUAUGUCUUUCUUUUUUUUUUUUUUUCUUCAUUUUCAUUCUGUAUCUUUUUUCUUCUUUUUUCUUUCUUUAUGUCUUUCUUUUUGUUUUUCUUCUUUUUUUCUUUCUUUAUUUUUUCCUUCUUUUUUCUCUUUUUUCUUUCUUUUUUUCUUUCUUUCUUUCCUUUUCUUUAUUUUUUUUCUUUUUUUUUUUUUUUCUUUUUUCUUUCUUUUCUUUAGUUUUUUUUGGUUUUUUGUCUUUUUUUCUUUCUUUUUUUUUUUUUCUUUCUUUAUGUCUUUCUUUUUGUUUUUUUCCUUUUUUUUUUUUUUCUUUUUUUCUUUCUUUUUUCUUUCUUUAUUUUUUUCUUUUUUUUUUUUUUUUUCUUUCUUUUUUUUUCUUUUUUUUUUUUCUUUUUUUUUCUUUCUUUUCUUUCUUUUUUUUCUUUCCUUCUUUUUUUUCUUUUUUAUCUUUUUCUUUCUUUUUUCUUUCUUUCUUUUGUUUUUCUUUUUUAUUUUUUUUCUUUUUCUUUUCUUCUUUCUUUCUUUUGUCUUUCUUUUUUCUUUUUUUUUUUUUUUUCUUUUUUUAUUUCUUUCUUUUUUAUUUUUUUUUUUCUUUCUUUCUUUUUUCUUUCUUUUUUUUUUUUUUAGUUUUCCUCUUCUUUUCUUCUUUUUUUUUCUUCUUUUUUCUGUUUUUCUUUCUUUUUUCUUUCUUUCUUUUUUUUUUUUUUUUUUUUUUCUUUAUUUUUUUCUUUUUUUUUUUCUUUCUUUUUUCUUUCUUUUUUCUUCUCUUCUUUCUUUCUUUUUUCUUUCUUUAUUCUUUUUUCUUUUUUUUUUUUUUUCUUUCUUUUCUUUUUUUCUUUUAUGUCUUUCUUUUUUUUCUUUUCUCUUUUUUUUUCUUUCUUUUUCUUCUUUCUUUCUUUCUUCUUUCUUUUUUUCUUUUCUUUUUUUCUUUCUUUAUUUUUUUUUUUUUCUUUCUUUAUGUCUUUCUUUUUAGUUUUUUCUUCUUUUUUCUUCUUCAUCUUUUUUCUUCUUUUUUUCUUUCUUUAUUUCUUUUAGUUUUUUUUUUUUUUUUUUUCUUUUUUUCUUUUUUUGUCUUUCUUUAUGUCUUUCUUUUUUGUUUUUUCUUCAUUUUCUUUCUUUAUCUUUUUUCUUUUUUUUUCUUUCUUUCUUUUUUUUCUUUUUCCUUCUUUUUCUUUCUUUUUUUUUUUAGUUUUCCUUCUUUUUCUUUCUUUAUUUUCUUUUUUCUUUUUUUUUUUUUUUUUUUCUUUUUUCUUUUCUUUUAUUUUUCUUCUUUUUUCUUUCUUUCUUUCUUUUCUUUAUUUCUUUUUUUUUUUUUCUUUUUUUCUUUCUUUAUGUUUUUUCUUCUUUUUUCUUUCUUUAUGUCUUUCUUUUUAUUUCUUUCUUUCUUUCUUUUUCUUUUUCUUUCUUUUUGUUUUCUUUCUUUUUUUUUUCUUCUUUUUUUUUUUUUCUUUUUUUUUUUUCUUUUUUCAUUCUUUUUGUUUUUCUUUCUUUCUUUCUUUUUAGUUUCUUUUCUUUUUCUUUCUUUUCUUUAUAGUUUUUUUAUUGUCUUUCUUUCUUUUUUCUUCCUUUCAUUUGUUUCUUUUUUUCUUUCUUUUUCUUUUUUUCUUUCUUUCUUUUUAUUUUUUUCUUUUUUUUCUUUCUUUCUUUCGAACGAGGUUUUCUUUUUCUUUCUUUUUAUUUUUCUUUCUUAUUUUCUUUCUUUUUUUUUCUUUCUUUCUUUCUUUCUUUUCUUUUUUUCUUUCUUUCUCUAUUAUUUCUUCUCUUUCUUUCUUUUGUUUCUUCUUUUUUUGUUUUUCUUUUUUUUCUUUUUUUUUUUAUUUCUUUCUUUCUUUGUAUUUUUUUCUUUUUUUUUUUCUUUCUUUCUUUCUUUUUUUCUUUCUUUCUUUCUUUCUUUCCUUUGUGUUUUUUUCUUUUCUUCUUUCUUUUCUUUUUUUCGUUCUUUCUUCUUUCUCUUUCUUUCUUUUUGUCUUUCUUUUUCUUUUCUUUCUUUCUUCAGUUCUUUCUUUCUUUCGUGUCUUUUUUUGUAUCUUUCUUUUCUUUUUUCUUUCUUUCUUUCUUUCUUUCUUUUCUUUUUUCUUUCUUUCUUUGUGUCUUUCUUUCUUUGUAUCUUUCUUUCUUCGUGUCUUUCUUGUUUGUGUCUUUCUUUCUUCGUGUCUUUUUCUUUCUUUCUUUCUUUCUUUUUCUCUUUCUUUCUUUCUUUUUUCUUCUUUUUUCUUUUUCUUUUUCUUUCUUUCUUUCUUUGUUACUUUCUUUCUUUUUUUUUUCUUUCUUUUGACGUCUUUCUUUCUUUCGUUCUUUCUUUCUUCAUGUCUUUCUUUCUUUCUUUCUUUCUUUUCUUUCUUUUUUUUCUUUUCUUUCUUUCUUUUUGUUUCUUUCUUUUCUUUCUUUCUUCCUCGUUCUUUCUUUUUCUCUUUUUCUUUUCUUUUUUUCUUUCUUUCUUUCUUUCUUUUCCUUUCUUUUUUUCUUUUUUUUUUUUCCUCUUUCUUUCUUUUUUUGUCUUUCUUUCUUUUUCUUUUUCUUUCUUUUUUGUCUUUUUUUCUUUAAAAUGUCUUUCUUUUUGUGUCUUUCUUUCUUUGUGUCUUUCUUUCUUUUUUUCUUUCUUUCCUUCUUUCUUUUUUUUUGUGUCUUUCUUUUUUCUUUCUUUUCUUUCUUUCUUUGUUUUCUUUCUUUCUUUCUUUUUUUGUCUUUCUCUUCGUGUCUUUUUUGUAUCUUUUCUUUUCUUUCUUUGUCUCUUUCUUCAUGUAUUUCUUUCUUUCUUUUUUAUCUUUCUUUUUUCUUUUUUUAGUCUUUUUCUUUCUUUCUGUCUUUCUUUCUUUUUUCUUUCUUUUGUUUUUCUUUCUUUCUUUCUUUUUUCUUUUCUUUCUUUCUUUUUUCUUUCUUUCUUUGUGUCUUUCUUUAUUGUGUCUUUCUUUCCUUGUCUUUCUUUUUUAUUUUUUCUUUCUUUCUUUCUUUCUUUCUUUCUUUCUUUCUUCUCUUCUUUCUUUCUUUCUUUUUUCUUCUUUCUUUUUUCUUUGGUUUUCUUUCUUUCUGUUCUUUUUUUUGUAUCUUUCUUUUUUUCUUUUCUUUCUUUUUUCUUCAACUUUUCUUUGUCUUUCUUUUCCUGUGUCUUUUUCUUUCUUUUUGUUUCUUUUUUUCUUUCUUAUGUUUUCUUUUCUUCUUUUCUUUCUUUCUUUUUUUCUUUCUUUCUUUCUUUCUUUCUUUUUGUCUUUCUUUUUGAUCAAAUUUCUUUCUUUUUUCUUUCUUUCUUUCUUUGUUCUUUCUUUCUUUUUUUUGUCUUUCUUUCUUUGUGUCUUUCUUUCUUUUUUUUUUUUAUCUUUCUUUCUUUCUUUCUUUCUUUGUGUCUUUCUUUUUGUUCUUUCUUUCUUUCUUUCUUUUCUUUCUUUCUUUCUUUCUUUCUUUUUUUAUCUUUCUUUUUAUGUCUUUCUUUCUUUUGUUUCUUUCUUUUUCCUCGUGUCUUUCUUUUUUGUAUCUUUCUUUCUUCGUGUCUUUCUUUCUUUGUGUCUUUCUUUCUUUGUGUCUUUCUUUCCUCGUGUCUUUCUUUUUUGUAUCUUUCUUUCUUCGUGUCUUUCUUUCUUCAUGUCUUUCUUUCUUUGUGUCUUUCUUUCUUUGUGUCUUUCUUUCUUCGUGUCUUUCUUUUUUGUAUCUUUCUUUCUUCGUGUCUUUCUUUCUUUGUGUCUUUCUUUGUCUCUUUUUUUCUUUGUCUCUUUCUUUUUCGUGUCUUUCUUUCUUCAUGUCUUUCUUUCUUCGUGUCUUUCUAUCUUUGGUUAAUUAAUAUUCCCCUUACUCGAUGGAAAGUACACGUUUCCUUUCCUUAUAAAUAUUCUUCUUCUUCUUCUUCUUCUUCUUCUUCUUCUUCUUCUUCUUCUUCUAUCUGUUGUAUCCCUUCAGGACAAGCUCUCUCUCUCUCUCUGUCUUCCGACAAAAUCAAGAAGCUCUCUCCGACAAAAUCAAGAAGCUCUCUCUCUCUCUCUGUCUUCCGACAAAAUCAAGAAGCUCUCUCUCUCUCUCUCUCACUCUCUCUCUCUCUCUGUCUUCCGGCAAAAUCAAAGCUCUCUCCGACAAAAUCAAGAAGCUCUCUCUCUCUCUCUCUCUCUCUCUCUGACAAAAUCAAGAAGCUCUCUCCGACAAAAUCAAGAAGCUCUCUCUCUCUGUCUUCCGACAAAAUCAAGAAGCUCUCUCUCUCUCUCUUCUUCCGACAAAAUCAAGAAGCUCUCUCCGACAAAAUCAAGAAGCUCUCUCUCUCUGUCUUCCGACAAAAUCAAGAAGCUCUCUCUCUCUCUCUCUCUCUCUCUCUCUCUCUCUCUGUCUUCCGGCAAAAUCAAGAAGCUCUCUCCGACAAAAAUCAAGAAGCUCUCUCUCUCUCUCUCUCUCACUCUCUCUCUCUGUCUUCCGACAAAAUCAAGAAGCUCUCCCGACAAAAUCAAGAAGCUCUCUCUCUCUGUCUUCCGACAAAAUCAAGAAGCUCUCUCUCUCUCUCUCUGUCUUCCGACAAAAUCAAGAAGCUCUCCGACAAAAAAUCAAGAAGCUCUCUCUCUCUCUGUCUUCCGACAAAAUCAAGAAGCUCUCUCUCUCUCUCUCUCUCUCUCUCUCUCUCUCUCUGUCUUCCGGCAAAAUCAAGAAGCUCUCUCCGACAAAAUCAAGAAGCUCUCUCUCUCUCUCUCUCUCUCUCUCUCUCUGUCUUCCGACAAAAUCAAGAAGCUCUCUCCGACAAAAUCAAGAAGCUCUCACUCUCUCUGUCUUCCGACAAAAUCAAGAAGCUCUCUCUCUCUCUGUCUUCUUCCGACAAAAUCAAGAAGCUCUCUCCGACAAAAUCAAGAAGCUCUCUCUCUCUCUCUGUCUUCCGACAAAAUCAAGAAGCUCUCUCUCUCUCUCUGUCUUCCGACAAAAUCAAGAAGCUCUCUCUCUCUCUCUCUCACUCUCUCUCUCUCUGUCUUCCGGCAAAAUCAAGAAGCUCUCUCCGACAAAAUCAAGAAGCUCUCUCUCUCUCUCUCUCUGUGUCUUCCGACAAAAUCAAGAAGCUCUCUCCGACAAAAUCAAGAAGCUCUCUCUCUCUCUCUGUCUUCCGACAAAAUCAAGAAGCUCUCUCUCUCUCUCUCUCUCUCUAA